AUGUCUGCCAAAAGUGUGAGAGGCGAAGGCGGCAAGAAGCCGGCCAGCGCUGCCACCAACUUAAUUGCUGGGGGUGGUGCUGGAAUGAUGGAGGCGCUCGUGUGUCACCCGCUCGACACGAUAAAAGUGAGGAUGCAGCUGUCCAAAAGAGGCAGGACGCCAGGGCAGAAGUCGCGAGGUUUCGUACAGACCGGAAAGGAUAUUGUGAAGCGGGAAACCGUCUUUGGCCUGUACAAGGGUCUAGGUGCCGUUCUCACCGGUAUUAUUCCCAAAAUGGCCAUUCGGUUUACUUCGUACGAAUGGUACAAGCAACUGCUCGCGGACGAAAACGGCAUUGUCAGCUCGAAGGCAACGUUCUUGGCUGGACUGGGUGCCGGUGUCACCGAAGCCGUGGCCGUGGUAACUCCUAUGGAAGUGGUCAAGAUUCGGAUGCAGGCUCAAUACCAUAGCUUGUCGGAUCCGCUCGACGUCCCCAAGUACCGAAGCGCCCCUCAUGCCCUCCUGACCGUCGUUCGAGAGGAAGGUGUCGGUGCCCUGUAUCGCGGUGUGUCCUUGACUGCACUGAGACAAGGCACAAACCAGGCCGUGAAUUUUACGGCAUACAGCGAGUUCAAGUCAUUUCUGCAGAAAGUUCAGCCCGAAUUUGAGGGCAAGAAUCUACCGGGAUAUCAGACCACCUUCAUCGGACUGAUCUCGGGCGCCAUGGGCCCGUUCUCGAACGCACCCAUUGACACCAUCAAAACACGGUUACAAAAAACCCCUGCACAGCCAGGACAGUCUGCCCUAUCCCGGAUCACGGCCAUUUCCAGAGACAUGUUCAAGCAGGAGGGAGCCAGAGCGUUCUACAAGGGCAUCACACCCCGCGUGAUGCGAGUCGCCCCCGGCCAAGCCGUCACUUUCACCGUGUACGAGUACUUGAAGAAGAAACUGGAAGACAGUCGCUGGACCAUUGUGGGAGGGACAUUCGAAGAGUAG